AUGUCGGACACCUCAGACCUGCUCGUGUCGCAGCAGUUGACCAGCCCGUGGGGCCGGCGCUGUGCGAAGCGUGCCUCGGCCGCUGCAGUCGCGCGCGCGGCGAUCGCAGCGCCCCGCGCCGCCGUGGCGGGAACCGGAACCGGCGCUUCCGACGCAGCUUGCGCCGUCUCCACCGGCGCGUCGACUGCCUCCUCGAAGACAUCCGCCGCCUCCGCCGCCGCCUCCAGUUCGUCAACCGCCUCCGCCAUCGCCGUCGCCGUCAACGACGCCGGCGCCGGCGGGAAAAUCGGGCGCGAAGACGCCGCAGUGAAGAGUAGUGGGUGGGGCUUAAAACUUGCUGGUGUUGCAGUAGCUGACCAGUCCGUGGAUGAGGCGCAGUGCGAGACAUGCCGCUACCGCUGCAGUCGCACACGUAGCGAAGACAGCGCCCCUCGCGGCGGUGACGGGAACCAGCGCAUCAAGCGCACUGUGCGACGUCUCCACCGGCGCAUCGACUACCUCCUCGGCGACAUCCGCCGUCUCCGCCGCCGCCUCAGGAACAUGCACCGCCUCCGCCAACGGCUUCAGAUCAUCCGCAGCGAACAACGCUACUGGCGCCAACACCACUGGCGCCAGCGCCAGCGCUGGCGGGAGAAUCAGAUGCGGGGUUGGCGCUGGGAGGAGUAG